AUGAACGUGCAAACGCAGCAGCCGCGUUCUCUUCUUCCAAAGACAGAGCCGUCGCCACAUUCGGCGUCGGCUUCUCCCACCCACAGCGCGCCCUCGGUGACCAACAACGACAUCGCCCAGCCGGCAAAGCGACGAUGCGUGUCGAGCGCCUGCAUGCCCUGCCGCAAGCGCAAAUCCAAGUGUGACGGCGUUCAGCCUUCAUGUCAUGCCUGCACGACCGUCUACGGGUCGGAAUGCUUUUAUGACAUCGACAGCGACCACCGCCGGAAGGGCGCUCUCAAACGUGAUAUCUCCCAGUUGAAGAACGACUUGGGCCCUCGAAAUGCGAUCCUGGACGCCAUUAGGAACGGCUCCGAGGCGGAUGUGGACGAUAUCAUACAGCUCAUCCGCACCACCCAAGAUGAAAAUUGGGACUCAAUUGCAGAAAGUGCGAAGAAGAUCGCGCAAGCAUCGGCGGAGAAGAAGCCAUCUGCAUAUCUCUCCGGCGAAUUGGAUACAUUUGCGGUCAAGACGUCGACCAAACCAGGAGAAACACAUCAGUAUGGACAUACUUCGAAUCUCCACCUACUUGCGGAGGAACCUGAAGGUCGAAUAUCCGAAGUGAUGCAACCCGGAAGUUGGACCAAUGUGACCCAAGAUGGAGAGCUGGUGCAGCACUUGAUUCAAGUCUAUCUGGCUUGGGGAAGUCCACUGUACACGUUCUUCUCAGAGGAACUCUUUAUGCAUGGGAUGGAAGAUCGUAAGAUGAAGUAUUGUACGCCAUUGCUUGUCAAUGCCGUCUUGGCUUUGGGCUGCCAUUUCUCGGAUCGGCCAGAAGCUCGAGCGAAUCCAUCGGAUCCUAAUUCCGUGGGUGACCACUUUUACGCUGAAGCAGAACGACUAUUCCGAGAAGAUAGUCGACCAUGCCUGACCACUGUCCAAUCACUAGGAAUCAUGUCGCUACAUCAGGCCAUGAACAACCGGGACAGUAGUGGAUGGGGCCUCAUGUGUCAGACGAUGGGGAUGGUAAUUGAGCUCGGACUACAUAAAGAGGCUCCGCCAAAUGGCAAAAUCACCCCCUCCGAAGCCGUCGCUAGGCGGAUAACAUUUUGGGGUGCGUACUUCCUCCAAACGGUUUGGGCCAUAUGCGUUGGCCGCAUAACAUUGCUUCCAAGGACCGCAAUACGGAUGGAUAAGCCAUCAAUAUUAGAACACCUAGAGAAGAAGCCGUGGAAGCCCCAUGGCCACAUCAGCUAUAAUGAAGGAUCAACUUCAGUUGAGCAAGCAGGUUUCAGACAUACCUUAAUGUUGCAUACGAUUUAUCUUUGCGAAUUUGUCGAUGACAUCGUACAAUUAUUUUAUGCGCCACGAGAUCGAGUUACGAGUCGAAGGUUACAAGCAUAUCAUGAGAAACUCCAAACGUGGUACCGCAAUCUUCCAGAAGCGCUUGCUAUCAAAAAAGACUCCCCAACGUUACCACAGGUCAUCUGUCUACACGUAUAUUAUCAUAAUUGCGUGAUUCAGCUUUUCCGCCCAUUCAUCAAAGUAUCUUUUCUGCAUUCGGCGGUAACGCCACGGCAGAUAUGCCAGGAUUCCGCCGUUCGUAUAUCAGAAUUAUUGGCGGUUUACGAAAAGACCUACGGAUUUGGACACAUGAGCUUUUUAAUUACCCAUUGUUUGAUGACCGCUGCUGUCAUCCACCUCGUCGUAAUGUCAGGAAAUAACAUUUCGAAAACUGUUGCUGUACAGACGGAAAAAUACAUAGCGGACAUUAUUCGAGCGCUGCACGGGAUACAUCAUCGAUUCUCGAUCGUUGAGAGGUACCUAAAAGCCAUUCGUGCUCUCGUUGGUCGAUGGUUCACGAAUGUGCCAGCAAAAAUAGCAGAGGCACUGUCAGAGGUAGAUAUUGGGUCUCCGAGUUCGACGUCGUCGAGUCAGCCCGCGGCUAACAUCAACCAAUCUAUAAAUUCUUCUGAGCGGAAACCCUCGGCACCUGAAUUGUUUCUUCCCUUUUCACAGUUCCUCAACUCCAACGAACCCUCUCGGUUCGGUUCUCAGCGACAGCCGCAGGCGCAGCACAAUAACGAGCUCUUCUGGACGCCAUUUCCCGGCGCAUCAGAUGGAGUUCCUUUGGCGUUACCACAAGAUCCUAACCCCAUCAGUCAAUUGAUGGACAUCAGUAGCAUGUUGGACUCGGGCGUUGAUGGCGAUUGGCCGCAACUGAACCGCGAUGGAUUUACGAUGGGUGGAGAGGACGAAGCCACAUUCUGGAACAUGAAUUUCGACAUUCACGGCGCCCACGAUGCCGGAUUGGCCGUUAACGCUGGCCGUGUUCUUCACUAG